AUGGAAACUCAACGUGGAAAGACUCGGUUCGAGACGAGUACGCCAGUCUUGCACCCUGUCCAGGUCAGCUCGUCGGCCACAACACUGCACAGGGACAACAGCUUCAUUCUCUCGGGCUAUCGUGACGUGUCGUAUUCGUACUGGCAAUGUUUGCGAAGUACAUUUCAACUCCACAAUGAAACAGUCAACAUUUGGUCGCAUGCCCUGGGAUCGCUGUGGUUUCUCCAUCAAUUCUUCGAUGACUGUAUCAAAGACGACACACCCGCUCUGUUGACCUCCGAUAGGUUUGCCAUCGGCAUGUUUGACAUGUCAGUGGCUUUGUGCUUCUUCUUCUCUGCAGCCUUUCAUACGUUCUGUAACCACAGCCGCAGUGUUUACAGACUUAGCAACCAGAUGGAUCACUUAGGUAUCGUCCUAUUGAUGUGGGGAACCGGACUAUCUGGCGCCCAUUUUGCCUUUCGAUGCCAGCGGACUGCAUACACGGUCCAUCUGGCUCUUAUGUCGGCCUCCGCCGUGCUGAGCGGCCUCGCCACGCUACGACCUGCUUUUCGUGAGACGGGGGACCAACAACCGCGUGUUCUUGUCUAUGCCUGUUUCGGUAUCGGUCUUUUUGCGCCGGUGCUCCACGGCUUGUAUGCCUUCGGGCUUGCGGAGCUCGACGAGAGAAUGGGUUUCAGAUCGUUCCUGGGCUUGGCGUUGCUCAACUCAAUAGGAGCCUCUCUGUAUCUCUACAAAGCACCGGAGCGGUGGUUGCCUGGCAGGUGUGACCUUCCCGGGCAGGGCCAUAACUGGAUGCACGGGUUCGUGCUUGCUGGAGUAUGGAUGCGGCGUAACGGCUUAGUUCAGCUGGCGAUCCUGAAAAGCGCAAGCCAGGAUAUUCUAUGCGUGGUCGAAUGA